GGAAUGGUCGGCCGUAAACAGGUUCAGGCAUUCAUUAUACAGUUUUGUUUGAGGAUCUAUCUAUUGGCUUAAACUGAGUUAAAGCAAAGGAGUACCGUACGAGCGCUGAAUUACCGAUAGGUAGGGAACAAGACACAGGGGAGAGGAGGUUAGGCCUACUCAGUGUAUUGACGUGAGAGAUGUCUAGAUUAUACCAUAAAUUGUAAAACAAAAGUUAUAGCCUACAGUGCUACAGCAGUCAUGCAGCAUCAAUAUUAUCGUAGGGAUACAUCCCCCUCAAAGAUUCCCAGGCCACGUGCCAAAGACGCGUCACAAUAUAAACCCACAAAACUAGAUUUAAUGAAGGAAGAGUAUCAUCGUAAGCUGAUGAAAGAACGGGAACAUAAAAUCAUAGAAAUGUAUGAAAACAAUCAGAAAAAAGCUCUAGAAAGAGUAUCACGCUUUGAUCAAAGAGGGCAGAGAGGAAAUUCUGUACGGAACUUUUUUGAAGAAGCAAGAGCUUUAGAAGCCAGUGGUAAUAUGAAUGCAAUUCAACAACAUUAUAACCGUUCUAAUAAAGACACUAGGCGUUCUUCUGUGCCAAAUGUUCCUAAAACUUACGGCAAGAGAAGUGCAGGAAAAGAUAGAGAAAAUCUACUUGCUCCCAUCGAUAGGAAACUGAAUGGAGAAAAUCCUUUCAGUUCAAAGCCUCAAAGAGCUCGCCAACCCAUGUAUAGUGAUGGGGAGGUCAAUCGUACAAGUGCAGUUAAAUCUUACAGUGCUCCAGUCUCGAGUAAAUCAAAACGCAUUGAUAUCAAUGACAUGGAUCCUACAAAAACACAUAACCUGGAGGAUGCAAGUUUUUAUAGUUCUGGAUCAAGUUCACCUCCAGAGCUAGCUCAAUUGUCAACACUCAAACGCAAAAACUCUAUAAACAAGAAAGAUCCAUUACCAGGAAUUCCCAAAGAAAGUCAAGAAAAGUUGACAGAUUUUCAAAAAUGGCAACUAGAACAAGUUCGUGCCCGUGAGGAAAGGCUUCACCGACAUCGCAGUCAAGGAAAGAUAAUGGGCUCUGAGAAAUAUGACUCAGAUGAAGGCAUUGAUAGUGAUAAAGAUAAUCAAAUUAAUGUAGAAGAAGAGAUUCUCAGAAAACAGCAAGAAUUAAUGAAUAAAAUAGCUCAGCAACAAGCAGAAUUGGAUAGAAUCAAAACCGAAAAAGAUAAACAGGCAGAAAUGGAACGAAGAGAAGAAGAAAAACGUCAACAGAAAGCAAUAAUAGAAAGAGAGAAACAGCAGAAAAAAGAAAGGGAAAGACAGAGGAAACAAGAAGAGAAAGACAGAAAAGAAGAAAUGAAGAGGCAAAUGCAAGAAGAAAGAAGAGCUGCUGAAGAAGAAGCGGAAAGGAUGAGAGAAGAAGAAAAUCAAAGAAAAUCUGAGCAGCGCCAGGAAUAUGGGAAUCAUACCUAUAGGCAUGAAAAUCAAUCAUCUAGUCAAAACCCCAGCCCACCUCCUUCUCAUAAUUAUAGACCACAUCCACCAGCUAAUAGAAAACCUGCCACAAGACCUCAACCACGCAAUCGUACACCUACAGAACCUGGUGAAGAAAUAGAACAUAUUCCAGGGCCAGAUGUGAAUUUCUAUAUUCAAGCUGCUGCUCAAGAUAAUUCUGGAGGUCAGUCCAUGCAAUUGGGGGAAUGUAGAAUGUGUGGCAGACGGUUUGCUGUAGACAGAUUGGCAAAACACGAAAAUGCUUGCAAAACUGCCCAAAAGAAGCGCAAGAAAUUUGAUCCAACAAAGAUGAGAACACAGGGAACUGAAAUGGCUCCAUAUCAAAAUUCUGCCAAGUCAAAGUCUAAACCUGCUCCAAAGAAACAGAAUUGGAGAAAGCAACAUGAAAGUUUUAUCGAGUCAAUUCGCUACGCUAAGAAGGUUACAGACAUUGAAAGUAAAGGAGGAGAUAUUAGAGAUUUAACCCCUCCGCCUCCCACAGAGAAUCCAGAUUAUGUGGCAUGUCCACACUGCUCCCGUACUUUUAACUCAACAGCAGCAGAAAGACACAUUCCACGCUGUAAGGAUAUCAAGGGUAAGCCUGCUAUAUCAAAACGAAGAUAAUUGCAAUCCCUUCAAAUAUUUUUAUAAAAAUUUUUCGUUUUAAAGCUUAUGAUCUAAUUAUUGCUAUUUAUAUUUUACAUGAAACGAAGCACCUCAAUUUUGUAUAAAUGUCUUAUUUGAAUCUUGCGGACAAGCAAGUUAAAAAACCAGGGUAUUAGGAAAUAUUUUUUUUUUGUCCAUUCUAAAAACAAAUCCAGGGGUUAAUAUCAAGUUCUCUACCUUAGGUGUUUUAGUCUAACAGUUGAGAACAUUGACUGCCGGGCGGCCAUAUGUGACCUGUCACACCAAACUGGGUAUUAAGCAGAAAAUGUUAGUAUUUGAGUUAUAGUCUAUGUGACAGCCAUGAAAAAUAAGCUUAGAUAUAACUAUUGUGUAUCUCUAUUUUCCAUUUGGAAAUAUCAAUCUUUUUAGAAAAGCGUACAAUUAGAGCCUGAAAGUGACUGGUAACAUUCUCUUAAAAACAACAUUUGCAUUACUAUUGAUACUGUGACUUAAACAAGAUUACAACAUAUUUCCUACAUCAGGUUGUAAAUUAAAAACAGAUUUUUAUACGCCCUUUUUCAUGUGGACGUAUAUUGUCGUUGCCCCUGUCCGUCCGUCCACAAUUUGUUUGUGGACACUCUACAGCCACUACCGGUCACAAUUUUUAUCCGAUUUUGUCGAAACUUGAAAUAUAGGUCAAUCUCUCAUAGAUCUCAGUUUCGUUUGAUAUUGGCAUGUAUCGGACCAUAACUUCAUGGAUUAUGGCCCCUGAUUGUACAAAAAAUCACGUUUUUAUCUUGUGGACACUCUAGAGGUAACAAUUUGGAUCCGAUUUUCAUGAAACUUGGAAUGCAUGUUUAUAACCCAAAGAUCUUGGUUCCUUUCGAUAUUCGCGCAUAUCGGAUCGUAACUUCCUGAAUUAUGGCCCCCUGAUUGUACGAAAAAUCACGUUUUUAGCUUGUGGUCCCUCUAGAGGUCACAGUUUUUAUCCGAUUUAAAAUAACGUUUUAGUAUAUCCCGUUACACCCUAAUAAUGUUUGAGUUCGAAUUUUGUGAAAAUUAGACCAAAACUGCCGGACAAAAUGGCUGCCCCUUGUACGCAAAUAGUGUAAAAUAUAGUAUAUCAAGGUUGUGGACCCUCUAGAGGCCACAGUUUUUAUCUGAUUUGGAUGAAACUUUAAAUAUAUGUUUUUAUCAUAAAGAUCUUGGUUCCUUUUGAUAAUCACACAUAUCCGAACGUAACUUCCUGGAUUAUGGCCCAUGAUUGGUCGAAAAAUCAAAUUUUUAGCUUGUGGAUUCUCUAGAGGUUACAAUUUUUUUUCCGAUUUUAGACACCGUUUAGAUAUAUCACCUUUCCACCAUAAUGAAGGUUGAAUUGGAAUUCCGGGAAAAUUCAAAUGAAACUGCCCGACAAAAUGGCCGCUCUUUCUACCCAAAUUGUGUAUAAGUAUAUGUAAUACAAAGGUUAUGGACCCUGUAGAGGUCAUAAUUUUUAUCCAAUUUUGAUGUUACUUAAAACAUAUCUUUAUAUUCCAAAAAUCUCAGUCCCUUUUGAUACUUGCGCAUUUCAGACCAUAACUUUCUGGAUUAUGGCACUUGAUUGUACAAAAAAACAUUUUUGUUUUUAGCUUGUUCUCUAUCCAACUCUUGCAAAAUGUGGGCGUAUCCUGCCUGGCAGCUUCUGUUCUUGUUUCUUUUGAGAAAUAAUAUACGUGACCAAAUGCAAAAUUUCAAAAGAUCUUUAAAUUUAAUAAAUUCUAAAAAUACAAGAUAAUAUGAAUCCUACCUUAAAUCUCAUUUCAUUUUACAAAAUACUUGUAUGCAAAACCCUUUUUGUCAUGGCAACCAUUUUCAAUUAUUUUAAAACAUUAUCAUAUUUCGAUAAAUGAAUGAUUUUAUGUUAUAUGACAAUGAUAUAAUUUCCUUUAAAUGUAAUUUAAUUUAACUUUAACAUUUUGGAUAGUUUUAGUUGUUAGGUGCGAGGGUUGGAUUGAGCCAAAUGGCGUGGCUUCGAUUCCCCACUUGCAUGUGACAAGGAGUAGAGUUGCCUGUCCAACCUGGUGGGUUUCCUCAGCACCUCUCUCUCUCUCCCUCUCUCUCUCCCUCUCUCUCUCCGUGGCAGAAAUAAAUAGGACUGGACAGUCACUCCAGUUAUACUUCAAUUUUAAGAAUUUAGAAACGAAAUGUAUGGCAAUAAAAAUUGAUAAUGAAUAUCCAAAACAUGGGUUUUAUCUAAUGUGUUAAUAGCUAUUUGUGACCAUAUGCUAUUGUGACUUAAUACUCACUUUGGUGUGGCGGGUCACAUUAUUGAAGUCCAGAUGUGUAUUUUCUGACAUUGUUUGGCUGGGGGCAUUAUUCAUAAAUGAUUGCUAAAUUCCCAAUAAUAAAUGGUCCCAUACAUAUGGCUGUAAGUAUGCCUAGAAAUUAUAAAAGGAAAGAGUGUAUUGUUAUUGUAAAUAUGUGUUGUUACUAUUGUUGAUAAAUAUGCUAUUAUGUGAUAAUCUAUUUAUAAAUUAUGAGUACUAUAAAUACAGCAAUAUUACUAUAACUGUAUUGGCUAUAGGUUCUUGAUUCAAUAAUUUUACAUACAUGUGUAUAUAUUUAUAUAUCUCACUACUUAAUU